GAUAUUUAAGAAAAGACGGGUUUUGAUUCAGGAAUGCUAUGGUAAAACUAUGCAAUUUCCAUGAUUAUAUGGGGUUCAUAACUUUUUCUCGACACUGUAAGUAAGAGAUGUGGGCUCGGGCUGACAGUCACCAAGCUCCUCCCAUCACCCUCCGAGCAGCAAACCUUCACCCCAAGCAGGGUAAUGUACCGGGAGGUCCCAGGGCACGCAGAGUGAAUGCCGACUCGGUUUGCUUGUGGCCAAGCCUAUCGCUGGUGUAAAGGGCAGAUCGUAACCCUUAUCUCCAUUGCGUUUUAUCUCCCGCUGUUUUAUUAGAUGGUUUAUCAAAGUCAGCAGUGUUUUUGAGAUAAGCUGGGUGUUCUUUAGAACUGAGGUCACCUCUUAUAGAACGAUCCCUCAGGGUGCACGGAGAGAAAGAGUGCCACACACACUGAGCCAGGUUCCCCGCUCGUGCGUGGAUGCACGAAUCCUCUGGUGGCGGCAGCAGCGGCAGCAGCAGCGGCGGCGGACGAGAGAAGAGGCCACACGUGCGUACUCGGGGCCCUCGGGCGGGGGACACGAGCUACGAGGAGAAAUGCGGUGGCCCUCCCCGGCCCCUCUGCUGUGGGUCCUGGCUGGGACGCUGGGCCCUGUUCUGGUCUGGGCCCAGGCUGGCAGGGAUGUGUGGGACAUUUUCCACAACCAGUCGGCACUGCAGCGUGACGAGUUUUUGAGUGGGACCUUCCCCGCGGGGUUUGGAUGGAGCACAUCUACGGCCGCAUACCAAAUAGAAGGUGGUUGGAAUGCGGACGGGAAGGGCGAGUCGGUGUGGGAUCGCUUCGUGCACACGCGGCCCGUGUUUGGGGGGGGCACGGGCGACGUGACCUGCGACUCCUAUCACCGCAUCGCGCAGGACAUGGUGAUACUCAACGGGAUCGGCCUCUCUUACUAUCGCUUCUCUAUCUCAUGGUCACGCAUCUUCCCCAAAGGCGACCCCCGCCUGUCCUCCGGGCCCAACGAGCCUGGCGUUCGCUACUACAAUGACCUCAUCAACAACCUCACGUCGGCCGGGAUCCAACCUAUGGUGACACUCUUCCACUGGGACCUCCCGCAGGCUCUGCAGGAUACUGGCGGCUGGGUCAAUGACAGCACAAUCGCGGCGUACGUGGCUUAUGCGGAAUUCUGCUUUGCGACGUUUGGCGACCGCGUGAAAUUCUGGUUCACGUUCAACGAGCCCUACAACACAGCCUGGCUCUCCAACGGGCUGGGUGUGACGGCGCCCGGCGUGUACGAGCCCCUCAGGAGCCCCUACGUCGUGACGCACAACGUGCUGCGGGCGCACGCGCGCGCGUGGCACGUGUACGACGGGGGCUACCGCGCGGCGCAGGGCGGCCGCGUGUCCAUCGUGCUCAACACGCACUGGGCAGAGCCGCGCGACCCCUCCAACCGCACGCACGUCGACGCCGCCGAACGCUACGUGCAGUUCUCUCUGGGCUGGUUUGCGCACCCCAUCUACGGGCGCGGCGGCGGCUACCCCCGCGUCAUGGCUGACCUCGUCGCCGACCGCGACCGCCCCGAGCCCUCGCGCCUGCCUAGCUUCACACCGGAGGAGCAGGCCUAUGUGCAAGGCACGUCGGACUUUUUCUCCAUCAACUCGUACUCGACGCGGCUGGUGUGGCCGGCUCGGCGCUCGGAGCUCCGCGUGGGGUACGACGCGGACAUGGAGGUGAACGUGGAGAUGGAUCCCGAUUGGCCCACGGCUGCGGCUGGGUGGCACCGCUCCGUGCCCUGGGGCAUGAGGCGACUGCUGAAUUUUAUUGAUCGCGAGUAUGGUGGCCCCGAGGUGUGGGUCACGGAGAACGGCUGGUCCGAUCACGAGGAAGACGGUCUUGAUGAUGCUGAGCGAAUCUUCUACCACCACACCUACGUCAACGAGGUCUUCAAAGCGCUGCACCUGGACCAUGUGCGCGUGCGGGGCUACACAGCGUGGACCCUCAUGGACAACUUCGAGUGGACCAACGGCUUCACUGAGCGCUUCGGGCUGCAUUACGUUAACUUCUCAGACCCCGAGCGAGCGCGCACCCCCAAGCGCUCGGUCGGCGCCCUGCGCAAGCUGGCGCACGACAACGGCUUCCCGGGAUCGGCGGUCGGCCCGCUGGUGACGCUACACGGGCGCUUCCCCGCCGGCUUCCAGUGGGGCGUUGCCACCGCUGCGUACCAGGUUGAGGGUGGCUGGAAUGCAGACGGCAAAGGCCCGAGUAUCUGGGACAGCUUCACGACACGGCCCGGCAACGUGGCGGGGAUGGCCACGGGCCGCGUGGCGUGCAACAGCUACCAACUAUUUGCGCAGGAUGUCAAAGCGGUGCGGGCGCUCGGAGCGGACACCUACCUCUUCUCGCUGUCGUGGCCCCGCCUGCUGCCCGACGGCACGGUGCAAGGGGGCCUCAAUGAGCCCGGCGUGGCCUAUUACAACCGCCUGCUGGACGCCCUCGUGCAGGCUGGUGUGCGGCCCGCCGUUACGCUCUACCACUGGGACCUGCCCCAGGCGCUGCAGGAUGUGGGAGGCUGGGAGAAUGACAUGGUGGUGGAGCACUUCCGGGCGUACGCGUCACGGUGUUUCCAACUAUUUGGCGACCGCGUGCGCACAUGGGUGACCAUCAGCGACCCCCUGUCCGUGGCGUGGCUCGGCCAUGGUAACGGCAAGCACGCCCCGGGCCUUCACGUCGAUCCGGGCCGGGUGCCGUACGUCGUGGCGCGCAACCUGCUGCGCGCGCAUGCCCUGGCGUGGCAUGAGUACGACGCAAACUUCCGGGCCAAGCAAGGUGGCCGCAUAGCGUUGGCACUGAGCGCCGACUGGGUGGAGCCGCUGGACCCUGGGCGGACGGGGGACGUGGAGGCGGUGCAGCGGUACCUCGACUUCACACUCGGGUGGUUUGGAGACCCCGUGUUCCUGGGGCACUGGCCCCCGUCCAUGCUGAGUACCGUGGAUCCCGCUCGGCUGCCUCCACUCAGCACAGAAGACAGCGCCCUCCUCCGGGGCACGAGCGACUUCCUCGCCAUCGUGCACACGACAACGCGGCGCGUGCUGCCCCAGCGCUGGCCGGCCAGCGACGCCCCCCCCGAGCCCAGCUACCUGCGCGACCGCGACGCGGAGGCCGUGCCCGACUGGACGUGGCGUGGCACGGGCUCGCACGAGGUGCGUGCCGUCCCUUGGGGCCUCCGCCAUGCCCUGGGCCACGUGGCGGCACGUUACCCCGACGCGGGCGACGUCCAGGUGCUGGGGAACGGAGCCCCGCAGCUUAGCGACGAGGACCUGAACGACGCCUCGCGGAUGCUGUACCACUCGCAAUACAUCAACGAGUUGCUCAAGGCCAUAUCCCUGGAUGGCCUCAACGUGAGCGCCUAUUUUGCGUGGUCGCUGCUGGACGGCUUCUCGUGGGAGGACGGCUUCACGCGGCGCUGGGGACUGUACUCAGUGGCGCGCGACGACCCGGCCCUGGCGCGCGUUGCCAAGCAGUCCGUGCAAGACCUCGCCACCAUCAUUCGCUGCAACGGAUUCCCCGAACCCAGCAAGCCGGACCCCUGCCUCAUCCUGCCUGAACCAGUCACCACAGCUGAGCCAGUCACCACAGCUGAACCAGUCACCACAGCUGAGCCAGUCACCACAGCUGAGCCAGCUACCACAGCUGAGCCAGUCACCACCAAGGCUCUGCACUUCCUCGGGCUCUCGCUGUCAGCAGAGGACGGGGAGGUGGCGCUCUGGACACUAUUUGGGCUGACGCUGGUGUUGACGGCCACCCUCUGCUUGGGGGUGGGGCUCGCCGCUUGGAGGGCGAAGACUCGCAAGGGCAAACGCCCAGGCGGCCUCGAGAUUGACACCUCCGUCUCCUCCACGUUGUAGCCUACGGGGUGUAAUGUGCUAGUUGCUCAUACAGGAAGUUGUUUGGUGUGACCCUUUAUGCACCCCCGUAUCACUGCCGAGCCUCAAAAACACCUGUGAAUGUUUUGGUGAAUAUAAUUGCACCUGCGUCAGCUCAACAUAUCAUGUCCCAUGACUUGUGGACCGCUGGUGGUCCGCCGGACAGAGUUGCCACAUUUUUGACAGACCACAACUGAAUGUAUUCCCUGGAUUUGGGAUUUAUUUUUCGCACAAAUAUUUCAAAAGUCCCUUCUUGUGACUGUCGAGGUGCCAUGCCCUGGCUCGACAGGAAAAUGCGGUAUGGCCAAGUACGGACUUGUACCUUCUGUAUGGGAUAGCCCCCUCACAUUUGUGGGAUUUCUCCUGAUGCUCCGAUGUCCUCCCGAAUGUAUAACUCAUUCAUUUUCUGAAAACUUAAUAUAUAAAGAACUGCAGGCCUUGGCCAAUUGUUGUUUGCGCAAGUGCACCACCUGGCUGCCUUCCAGCUUGUCUGGUUCCUCAGCAUUGUGAGAUGCAGUGUUAAUGAACAACGAAAUAUAAAACGAAAAUUAUAUUUCUUUUUAACACGUAGGCUUACGCGACCAAUAUUAUACAUAAUAAAGGUUUUUGGGUUAUAUUUCUUACUCGCGGUCUAUAAAAACUCUGCAGCAUACAUUGUAGAAAUCAGUUCCUGCCACCCGAAUACAAGUGCCAGGGUGUGGACUGUCCAGGUCAAACCUGGCCUACAGAUCAAACCUGGACACCUGGAUAGGAGGCAAGCCUAUCUACGGACCACAAGUUGGGAACCACCAGUUUAGAGAUUUGAGACCCAAGAAAAGCAGUGUCCAGUCUCGUGGGCCCAAUGGUAUGUGGCCGCUACGGGCAUGAGGAGUGCUCUUCUCCCGAGAGUUCAGGAUCUGCUUUGUCCAUUCAUUCCGAGUCACCAGCCCCUCUACCCUGGGACCUGCCUUGGUCGCUUUGCACAGAAUCUUGCUACUCGCAUGGGAACUGAUUGUGUUUGUGUUAAAGCACAUUUUAAUUAAUGAUUUAUACUUCCCAUUAUGUAAUAUGUUCAUGUGCAAGGCAUAAAGGCCUACAUGCUCACCAUAUUUACCAGAAUUACGCCCUUGAAACCUGGUGUUAAUGCUUUGCUUAAUAAAGAUCUCUGAGCACGA